AUGUCGAGCGCAGUAAAAGCAAACCCAUCAGUGGCAAAUCCAUCAGUGGCAAACCCAUUAGUAGCAGGCCCAUCAACAGCAAUAUCAGCAACGGCAUCGGACAGUGCUGCCAACGCCGACCUUGUCGCUACCACCUUCAAGCGCCUCCAUCCCAUCUCGUACCUCUCGCGUUUUCUCGACUCGUCAGUUCGAGAAGAUGGUCGUUCGCUUUCCUCUUUCCGUGAUGCAACCUUGACACUCGGCUCCAUCUCCACCGCUGAUGGCUCCUGCUUCGUCCGCAUUGGCAAGACAUCCUGCAUCGCUGCCAUCAAAGCUGAAGUCGCUCCACCUCAGCUCUCUCGUCCAAAUGAUGGAUAUCUCAUCCCCAACGUAGAGCUUCCAGCCGUCUGCUCUUCCAAGUUCAAACCUGGAGCUCCUGGUGAGGAAGCUCAGGUCUUGACAAGCAGGCUACUCGCAUUGCUUAACAGCUCCAACCUGCUCGAUCGAGAGCAACUGCGUAUCGAAUCAGCAAAGGCUGUUUGGUGUCUCUAUCUUGACAUUAGUUUCAUUUGCUUUGAUGGUAAUGCAAUGGAUGCUGCUGUGUUGGCCGCUGUUGCUGCUCUCUCGGAUACCAAACUAUCGAAAGCAUGCUACGAUGCAGACACAGAACAAGUUCGAUCUUCUUCUUCGCCCGCCGAUCGCAUUCGAUUGCAGCUUGACGACAUGCCUUUCGCUUCAUCCUUUGCCAUAUUCGAAAACACACACCUUCUCAGUGACCCCACUGCUUUCGAAGCAGCACUAGCCUCUUCACACCUCACAAUCGCCAUCUCGAUCAACACUACCAGCAUCUCCAAGUCAUCGCAAACGAAACCGGUCGUCUCAUUCUUACAUCACUCAGGUCAUCUUUCCACUUGCAGCUCUGAUCAGUCUCGAUCAGCGACAGAUCAAGAGAAUCUUGAAACUUGCAUCGACAGAGCACAUGCGAGAGCAAAACAGCUGGCCACCUUGCUGCACAACGCUCGCUCAUCAUCAUCAACUUGA